UUUGAACCAAACUAUCAUCAUGCCAGAAGUGACGAUAAAAACUUUACAGCAAAAAGUAUUCAAAGUUGUUGUAGAGGAUAGCGAUACAAUAGCCACCCUCAAGCAAAAGAUAGAAGCUGACCAAGGAUUCGCCGUCAACACACAGAAGCUGAUCUUCUCUGGUAAGAUUUUGGCGGAUGACAGGACGAUAGAGAGCCUCCAAAUAAAGGAGAAAGAUUUCCUCGUCGUCAUGGUCUCAAAACCAAAACCCCAGCCAGCGACACCGAAAAAGGAUGAAGCCAAGGUUGAGCAGCCAGCCCAGAAAUCAGAACAGCCAGAACAGCCAGAACAACCACAGCAAACUCAGCAACCAGCCAGCUCGUCAACUCCUUCUCAACCAGGCAACAACCUUGCCAUGGGCUCUGAAUUGGAGACAGCUGUUAGUAAUAUGGUAGAAAUGGGCUUCGAUAGAGCACAAGUAAUGAAAGCUAUGAGAGCAUCCUUCAACAAUCCUGAAAGAGCAGUUGAAUACCUCAUGACUGGAAUUCCACAGCAUUUACAACAGCCAGAGCAAUCUGAGCAGCCUCAACAACAAUCUGAACAGCAACCAAACCAACCAACAGGUGCACCAUUGAACCUCUUUGACGCUGCUCGCCAGCAGAGCUCUCCAGCAGCAGGUCAGGCUGCUCCAGGUGGCGAUGGCCAGCAAGCACAACUCGCUGAACUCGUACAAGCUGCACAAGAGAACCCAGCAUUGUUACAAUCGCUCAUACAAGAAAUUGCACAAUCCAAUCCAACUUUAGCCCAACUUCUCGCACAAAACCCUCAAGCAUUGCUCGAUUUACUCAGCGGUGAAGGUGCAGAAGGUGACUUCCAAGACGAGGAUGGUCCUGGACAGGUUAUCCACCUCACAGAAGAGCAAGCUGAGGCUGUCGCUAGAUUAGAAGCACUUGGUUUCUCAAGAGAAAUGUCAGCCCAGGCGUUAUUGGCUUGCGAGGGCAACGAAGAACUCGCUGCAAACUACCUAUUCGAGCAACAGGAGGAUCUAUAAAUUGUAAAUUAUGAUUAAUUAUUUUCUUGCCUUCCUACUAUGACAAUGACGCCAGUUGACUAUCAAAAAGAGCAGCUUGAUAAGCUCUUAGAGGACCCUACAAAGCCUGUAUAUAUACCAGAUGCACCAAAAAAGAAAGAAAUUGCGCCUGCAAAGGAGAUGUUUGCACAUGUACAAGGAUCCUCAGCUGGUGCCGGUAGUGGUGAAUUCCAUGUUUAUAAGCAAUCGAGAAGGAGAGAAUACGAUCGUGUACAGCUCAUGGAAGAGGAGAGAAGAGAAGAAGCCAGAGCAGCUGAAUUUGAACAACGGCGACGUGAGAGAGAGGCGGUAGCAGAAGCUAAAACGAGUAAGAAUCGGAAUAGGAGGAAUAAGCGUAAGCAAGGUAAGCAAGACGCAAAAACCAAGGAGAGCAACAAAGAAGACGAUACGGAGUUCAAGAAGAGGAAGAUAGUAGGUGGUACGCUGCCAAUUUCUGAAGAAAACAGCGAGAAAGCACCAGCUGUUCCGGUUGUAGAAAAGACAGAAACGCCAACCGUGGCGACGGAAAACCCUAUUACCGUUGUAGAAGACAGCAGCUGGUGAGCUGUAUCAUCUAC